CCGAGCUCUCUGAGCAGCCAACACAGCGAGCUCCAACGUUCCCAAAGAUCGUCAGUCGGUGCGGCUGCUGCUCCGCGUCCAGACGUAUUGAACGCAAAAAAAGCUUUUGAAAACCUAGUGCCUAGAGGCAGCAGCAGCUAGUGAUUGCUUGCCAGCCAGCCGACGUAAAGCCCUGCCAAGGAGGGUACUUACUUCUUUCUUGCGACAGUCUAACUACCAGCACGUUCACUCGCAGCGUGGAGUGACGGAAGAAAAAUACACAGAAAGAAAAUAAAAAUUAGUCAUUCAACUCUUGGGCUUUGAAUCGUAGAAACAAGCUAAAGGUUCAGUCGUACAUGGUAAUGGUAUAUUCGACGGGGAUCUGGGGCAUGGGAGAAGCUGAAACCAGGCUGUGCCAGCAGCGCGCCACAAACAGCAAUGCCAGUUGCAGUAGCUCGUCAAUAUUAGGUGCUCCGUCUGUAACCUCGUCCUGCUACCAGGAUCACGAUGAUGAUGAGGUCGCCCUUCAUCCGCUCAACAACCAGGUCGGAGGUCACACGCGAUUGUUGUUACUCAACCAGAACACAAUUUGCAAGCCACUGAACUGCAGGGAGCUCGACUUUUACAGGAACAUUCCACAAGAUAUACAAAUGUUUGUCCCUAAAUUCAAAGGUGUUAUGCAGGCCUCCAGCAGCGGCGAGGUCAAGCUCGAAAAGCGGUACAGUCCGAGUUUUCGCGACCAGGAGAUCCGGCCCAGCAAAAACUCAGUCAAGAGGAAGCGCGAUGACGUUCUCAGAAUGAGAAUACACAGAAAGAACAGUUCAAUGGAUGUACUCAAGUCCGGAACGCAUUUAGACUCGACGACAACAAACAAACAAUAUUUCCUGCUACUCGAGAACAUAACGUCUCGCUACACGCAGCCAUGUAUACUGGACCUGAAAAUGGGUACCAGACAACACGGGGACGACGCGUCAGCGGAAAAGCGUAGCAAGCAGAUGGCCAAAUGUGCGGCCAGCACGUCGGCCUCGCUCGGUGUUCGUCUCUGCGGAAUGCAAGUGUACCAGGUGGAUGCGGAUCAUUACCUGAAGCGCGACAAGUACUACGGUAGGGAACUCAACGAGGAGGGCUUCAAAGCGGCCCUCUAUCGCUUCUUUCACAAUGGCUACGGCCUGAGAACGGCCGUCAUUCAGCGGGUGACGACACGCCUGGAACAGCUGCGACGUGCCAUCGAGAUACAGAGCAGCUAUCGCUUUUAUUCCUGCUCCCUGCUCGUCGUGUACGAGGGCUACCAGGUGGAUGAAUAUUCGGGGCACCGGCAUGCCUCUGAGAGCGUGGCCAGUGGGUGCUGCUACGACGCCGACACGAGCAACAACUCGGUCGACUACAGCAUGAGCAGUGAUAUGGGACACGAGGAGGUGAGCCAGGCAGCGCUGCACCGGGGUUUUGGCGAGGCGGCAGCCCGUGGUGCCAAGGCUUCCAGCGGCUUUUACCCGGUAAACGAGGAUACGGUCUUUAUGGAGCAUCCGCCGGGGCACGCGCUCAUGACUGGUGGCGGUGGACACCGUGGCCCUGGACCCCACAACAACUGGCUGCUCUAUGGCAACAGCAGCAGUGGCAGUAGUAGUAGCAGCAGCAGCAGCAGCAGCAGCAGCAGCAGCAGCAGCAGUAACAGUAGCAGCGCCGACGAGUACUGCUGCGACCAGCACACCAUCGUCAACUCCGAGGACACGAGCUCGGACGUCGACAUAGGCAUAUUGCCCCUUGGAGCCAACUGUCCACUUAAGCGAAAUCGACAUCACCAUCAUCACCACAGGCACCGGUUACGGCUUUACGAGGGUGAUACCGCGACCGUGGACGACGACGAUGACGAUGAGGACGACGAUGAAGAGUGCUCGCGCAACCUGUCCAAGCGCUUCAAGGCCAAGGCCGGCUUGGGCUCCAAAACUGCGGGACCCCCCGACGAGGACGACGAUGACAUUGACGAGCCCAUCGUCGACGUACGUAUGAUUGAUUUUGCUCACACGACCAUUGGGCGCAACCAGGCGACGACAGCGGCGUCCAAUCUUACGGUGCACCAAGGCCCGGAUUGCGGAUUUCUUACGGGUCUCGACAGCCUCAAGCGCCUGUUACAAGAGAUUCUAUCUGAAGGCUGAACGGCUGGUCUUUGACUGUCGGAUAGAAUCUCAAGGGGAAUCCUUGGCUGUUGGCUCUACCGCGCAAAAGGCGUCGGGACAAAAGAUACAUCGAAUGCCACGGUGCGAUGAGUAUCGGGAAAACACUGAGUCUUGGAAUACGUAUUGGCAUUCGGCCGCCGUAGGGCCGGUUGUUGCGUCGAAUACUAAAGUUGGCUUGGUACGCAGUUACGUGGGCACAAACGAAAAAAUACCAGGAAAACAGGAAGGUGAAGGAGAGAGGGUGAUAGGUAACAGCAACAAGUUUGCAUCUUAUAUUUUGCGGCAUGAGGGUAUCGAAAGUAAUGUCCUUUGCAAAUGUGAAUCUAGUUUUAUUAUUAGACUUUCCAUGCAAGGCCUACAUGUGUACAUAGUCACGAGAUAUUAUAAUAUCUUAGAAUACUUGUUCCGCGAAAAUCGGGUGUUCAAUAUCUCAAUAAUAGACAAACGCGGUGAGUCGUCGUCAGCGAGCCCAAAUGCGUUACUCAUCAUGGACGUUGUAGUAAAUAUAUAGACACAUACACUGUACCAGAAUUGGGUACCAUAUUUGGGUUUGGUAUCGCUGUUUGUAGUCGUCGUCGUUGCAAAUGCGAUGCACCCGUGCAUUUGAGUUCGCGGUAUCUUUAAUUUGCGCGUGCAAGUACGCGCGAUUUGCACAUGUAUAAAUGUAAAUGUGUAAAAAUAACGAUAGUAAAUUUUAACAACAUAUAUGAUACGCGUGUACGUGUCAAAGAAUUAGUAACGCUCCUGCCAAUCGUAUUAUGAAAACCAGACUGCGACGACAACUUUAUGUAGUAUUAAUUUUUAAAUAAUUGACCAAUUUGCAUAUAUUUAUUUUCACAUUUGUUAUGAUUUUUUUCAUAGAUAUAUAAAUAUUUGUGCGUAAUCAUAAUUACACAACAUUCACGUUUUACAACUAUAUGAAUCACAAAUAGAUAGGUGAAAUGGUGGUGUACUAGUGGUUGGUAAGGAAAAAUUAGAAAAUUCGGGAACGCAGUUGUCCAUGUACAGUUUUAUCAAAAGCUAAAAUAGGUCAAAUUAUUUUUACACCGUGUACUAUACUCUAAAAUACACACAAAAUUGUUGCAAACAAUGUUCAAAUUACAAUAUAUUAAGGGUGUGCGAGCAGUCGAAAAGUAAGAGUCUAGUAGUAUCGAGUUCUUUUUUUAGGUUCCUGUAGAGAAUGUAGUUUUUAAAUAUUUGAGCUGAUGUAACAGAUUAAAUUAUUCGAAACUUCAGUACCUGGGUACUAAUCAAACAAAUCAAGUGCUCUAACACUCCAAAGUAAUUAAAUGAAUUAAGUUGAGUCCUUUAUAAGACUCAUGAAAUAAAUACGAGUCCCAUACGAGCAUACGCUGGUGCAAAUAGGUGCUUCGGCUAUAAUUUAGAGAAAAAAAAUAUUUAACGUACAUGUGCUUUUGUACAAGGGUGCUUGUAAGUAACCUUAGUGCCCUUUUGUUAGCAUCGGUUGAAAAGUAGUCAUUUUAUGUAAUGUUGCAUGAAACGGUAGUUUUCGUUACAAAAGUGCCAUCACCUCCAGGGCUAUUUUGCGGCCCGAGGGACGUGUGUGCCGAACACUGUUUUUCCUAUCGAGGGCACACCCGACCCUCAAAAACGCCCGAGGUAGGAAAAUUUUAUUUAUUUUUCUUUUUUUUUUUAUUAUUAUCAUGCACUGAUUUUAGAGCCUCUUUUUACGUAUUUCUGUUGACAGCUCGUGUUUUGCCUUGUACAUAUAUUAUAAUGAAUUGUGUUACAUUUUUUCCAUUCACAAUCAAAAAAUGUAUUUUUGACUACACGGAAAACUCCAAACUAAAUAAUUUGAAAAGUUUGGUUGUCACUUUGAGGUUCUAAAAAAUGACUCGAGUACUCAACCUUUCACAUAUUCGCACACUCCUUCAAUAUAUAUUGUUACUUACAUGCGCAUACAACAAUAUGUAUUAUACACAUAUAUUUUUUCCGAAUAUUGCUAUUGUAUAAGCAGAUACUCGGUGUGAUAGGCAAAAAUAUAUCUAAACUUGUUCUCUGGAGAAAAAAAAGUUCCACAUAUAGCAUUGUAAAAUUUUCAUGUUCUAUUGCGUAAUAAAAAUAUUUAUCAUUACGAAUAUUUUUGUCAAGUAAUUGCGUCAAGCGACACACUUUACCACGAAACAUAUAUUAUAUUAAUAAUUAUAUUUUUGUAUUCUCAAGUUCCUACGACUUUUUUUCCUGCAAUAUUAGCUGCCUAAGAAAUAAAAAGAAGAUUUACAUGUGUUAACUACCAACAAGUAUAUGGAUAAUGAAGACAUUUUUAAUGGCUAAUUAUAACUUUUAAUGAAAUGUCUGAAAUUGUUUCAAAUCGAUGGGUGGUACAUAACGUAUAAAUAAAUAUAAAUAUACCAACUUGUUGAAUAUAUCAAAAGACAAGUCCGAGAUAUGAAUAACUUGUUGAAUGAGCAUCACCUCUGAAGCAGAAUUUUGCAAAACUGAACAAAGACAUAGUUUUUGCCAAAACAUGUUCAGAAUGCGGUUUUGGCCUGCAAAUUGACUCAGGUACUGCG